ACACGCAUUUGUUCAUUAUACCGAAAAUCCACCAAGAAAACCUUAGACAUUACACUCUAAAACCAAAGAAAAAAGGUAUGAAGCCACCACCAACAUCUUCUUCAUCUUCAACUUCCAAUCUUAUAAAAAAAGCAAGGUUAUCUCCAUACCUUUUCACCUUGUUAGCUUUCGCCUUGUUCGUCACCAUCCUCUACGGUCAAGACCUCGGUUGCAUCCUUGGGCAAUUUGAUCUUGAUGUCGCUCCAGAUCGACUACCCCCUCCUCCAAAGAAGCAUUACAAGAAGUUGCCAUUUUCAAUUGCGGAGAAGGAGAGUAGUUGUGAUAUUUUUCGCGGCAAGUGGGUGUGGGAUCCGUUGAACCGGCCGUUGUACCAAGAAUCAGAGUGUCCGUAUAUACAGCCGCAGCUAACAUGUCAAGAGCAUGGCCGACCGGACCGCGAUUACCAGUUCUGGAGAUGGCAACCCGAUGGUUGUUCUCUUCCAAGCUUCAACGCGUCAUUGAUGCUGGAAACACUAAGAAACAAAAGAAUGAUGUUCGUCGGAGACUCCUUAAACAGAGGCCAAUACGUUUCGAUGGUGUGUCUUCUGCAUUCACUCAUCCCAGACGAAGCUAAAUCCAUGGAAACUUUUGGUUCCUUGACCGUUUUCACUGCCAAGGAUUACAAUGCGACAAUCGAGUUCUACUGGGCACCAUUUUUGAUGGAAUCGAACUCUGACGAUGCAGUCAUACAUCGUGUUUCCGAUAGAGUUGUUCGACGAGGUUCGAUUAACAAGCAUGGCAAGCAUUGGAAGGGGGUUGAUAUUAUGGUCUUCAAUACCUACUUAUGGUGGAUGACUGGCCUCAAGUUCAAGAUCUUGCUGGGUUCUUUCGACGACGAAGUGAAAGAUAUAGCAGAAGUGUCAACCGAGGAUGCUUAUCGAAUGGGGCUGAAGAGUAUGAUAAGAUGGGUCAGGAAGAAUAUGGAUCGCAAGAAAACAAGAGUCUUCUUCACAAGCAUGUCUCCUUCACAUCAAAAGAGCACUGACUGGGGCGCCGAACCAAAUGGCAACUGUUACAAUCAGACAGAAAUGAUCGCGGAUCCAAACUAUUGGGGCUCGGAUUGUAGGAAAAGCAUAAUGGAAGUAAUUGGAGACGUGUUCAAGAAAUCGACAUUUCCAAUAACAUUUCUAAACAUCACACAACUCUCACUUUACCGAAAAGAUGCCCACACCUCGAUCUAUAAGAAGCAAUGGAGCCCUUUGACACCCGAACAAAUAGCCAACCCGGUCAGCUAUGCGGAUUGUGUGCAUUGGUGCUUACCCGGGCUUCAAGAUACAUGGAAUGAGCUCUUAUUCGCUAAACUUUUCUACCCAUAAGAGUCAAAUAAUGUAUAUUCAGUUAUUAUUUCUUGGUGCAUAUAUUGUUUGUCUUUGAAAUCGUUCUUUUUGUCUAAUUGUAUCUCGGAGGCAAAAAAUGCUAGGUGAAACUAGAACUAUUUCAAUGAAAAGGAAAUGAAUUGGAUUUAGAACUUGA